AAAAGAGGUCCCAUGACAUGACUCAUAUGAAUACGUGAGGCCGCCAUGCUAAUAGGGAUUAUUUCUCUUGUCUACCAUCCUCCAAGUUUCAAUAAGCGAAGUCGCUCCAGCCACUUCCCGCCUUGUUCCACGCCUCUAGAGUCAUAGCGCCAAGAAUGCCAUCCGGAUCCUGCCUGUGCGGCGACAUCACCUACUCCUUCUCAGGAGAGCCGUUGAUGAAGGCCAUAUGCCACUGCCUCACCUGCCGCAAAGUGACAGGCAGCGCAUACGCGACCGCUUUCCUGCUCCCAGACCCCGACGCAGUCUCUGCGUCACCAGCUGCCACGCCAGAACCUAAAUUCACCGACUUCAAACUCCAGUCUAAGACGGACACGCCUCUCAAGCAGAGCGCUGGAGUGCACGAAGUCGGACUGGACAUGACGUUUUACGGGUGCAGCAAGUGCCCGAGCACGCUGUUCAAGAGGGCUAACGGGCCCUUUUUGGGGGUGUUGAUCCUGUUCGGAGGGUGUUUGGACAGUAGUGAUUUAGAAGAGCUCGGAGUGCCACAAGCUGAAUUGUGGGUCAAGUAUCGACUUCCGUGGAUCAAAGAGCUUGAGAGGGCGAAGCAGUGCCAGGAGUUUGAAUGAGUCUUCUUGGUAGUGCCGACGGCCUUCGGAAAGGACGUUGUCCACAUGAGUGUUGCUGUACCGCUAUGUCAUUAGUUUACCGUCGAGGGGUUCUGGCCCGUGCUCAAUAUUAGCCUCUAUACGACAUUUCAUG